AUGAAGUCACUCAGUUUGUCCGCUUUGGCGGCAGUUCUCGUUCCGUCCGGUGUCAUUGCUGGCAGCCAGACCGGUGAUCUAGCUUCGAAAGGUUCCCCUGGCUUCGACAUCACGACCAGCUGGGGCAAUCUGAGUCCGUACAAACCGUCAACAGGCUUCGAUUUGCCAGCAGGUGUUCCGCUGGGAUGCGAACUCUCGCAGGCCCACGUCCUGCAUCGCCAUUCGCAACGGUAUCCGACCCCGUACCCGCUGGAUGGCGGCAGCAUGCUUGAUUUUGCCUAUAAGGUUGGCAACUACACGGCCAAGCACAAGGACGGUUCCGUCGGCAAAGGCCCCUUGGAGUUUCUGAACCACUGGCAAUAUGCCAUGGGCGGCGAUCUGCUGAUGGUCAGUGGCGCCGCAACCGAAGCCACGUCGGGCGCCUGGUUCUGGAGUAAAUACGGCAAUCUGCUGUACCGCGCCCAGCCGGGUCAGGCCGCCUAUAGUAAUCUUUUCCCGAAUGGAACGGAACGACCGAAACCGACUUUUAGAACUACCUCGCAGGCUCGUAUCCUCGAGAGUGCGCGGUGGUGGUUGAGUGGUUUCUUUGGCAACACCGGAGCCAACAGCUCUUAUGAUCUUUACGAUCUGGUCAUCAUCCCCGAGACUGAGCCAUUCAAUAACAGCUUGGCAUCGUAUGAUUCGUGUCCCGGGGAUGAAUCCCAGGGUGACUCAACCGCCGCGGUGUUCAUUCCCAAAUACACCAAGCACGCUUUGAAGCGCCUGUCAGCCAACCUCCCCCAUGGGUUCAACCUGACCAGUCUCGACGUGUAUGCGAUGCAGAACCUGUGCGCCUACGAAACCGCGCUGUACGGUGACUCGACAUUCUGCACACUCUUCAACGAGGAGGAAUGGCGCGCCUUUGAGUACGCAGUCGACAUCCAAUUCUAUGGCAACUACGGCUUCGGCUCGCCCAGCGGUCGUGCCCAGGGCAUUGGCUACGUGCUGGAACUGGCUGCGCGUCUGCAGCACAAGCUGAUCAAAUCCAGCGACACCAGUAUCAACUACACGUACGACGACAACACGAAGCAGUUCCCUCUCGACCAGCUGUUCUACCUGGACAUGUCGCACGACGACAUCAUUGUGUCUGUGACUGCGGCUUUGGGCCUUGACUAUUUCAAGUACAGCGACCACGGUCUGCCUGGAGACCUCUACUCGCCACCCGCUGAUCGCAAAUUUGUGCUCAAUAAGAUGACGCCGUUUGGCGCUCGCUUCAUCUCUGAAAUCUGGACUUGCCCGUCGUCGAAAGACACUCGUCCCUUUGAAAACUUGACGCCUGUCGCCUAUGUCAACCCGGAUUUGUCCAGCAGCAACGAUACAACAGACUACAUUCGCUUCAUGCUCAAUGAUGCCCCUGUUCCAGUGCACGGAAUCAAGUCUUGCGCGGACGCUGUGAAUGGGUUCUGUGCUGUCAAGGACUUUUUGAAGGAUGUUCCUCGUAUGCACGAGGAGGCCGAGUAUCAACAGGCCUGCUUUGGAAACUAUACUGCGAAUGGGCAAGUUGGAAAUGGCCAGCCGCCUAGUUCUGACAACUAG